AUGGACUAAGUUGUGUUGGUCUAUCACAUAAAGUCCUAAGACAUUAUGAAGUCUGUAGUUAUAAAGUGACAAUAAAACUGGAAAAAAAAAGUUAUGCUUUUGCGAGCUACUGUAUACGUUAUUUAAAUAUUCCAUUUAAAUGUUUAAUACAAUACGGGCAUCUUGGAGCGCUGCUCUCGUUAAAUCUUUAAUUGCUUACACAACCGUGACUCACACACAAACACAUGAAUGACCUCCCUCCUCCUCUGCUGCACCCCCUCCACCCAGCAGUUGGUUGGUAGAGUCCGGGACGGAGCAUCAUGGCGAUUGACGGAGGGGGGAGAAACUGUGGUGCUCAUGAACUCAUCUGUGCUAGACGAGUUUCUCCUGAACUACUGGGUGUUUUGUCUUCCAUUGCAGCCUUCGUGGCGUUGAUGGCUCUGUUUUUUCUUUACCUCAGCAACAAACUGUCUGUGCAGAGUCCCGACAAUCUGUCACAUCUCAAUGGACAAAAGAACCCCCACCAAGGUACUCAACACAUUUACAGACUGGCCAUAUGAGCAGAAAUGCUCUCAGUUAUUGGUUACAAACAUGCUCACAGCGUGGGGGAUUUACAGUUGCAAAGAUAGUCUGCUAUACCUGGAGAAAAUACAGAAGAGCAGUGACUUUGCAAAACCUCUAAAAUGAAUUAAAAUACCAGAAGUGAACUGGUCAACAACAAAACAGUCUCCUGUAUUAUUUAUAAGUCUAUAGUGUUUGCAAGACAGAAGUAUUUUCUUUCAAAGAAACACAUAAACUAAAAUCAACAAACGAGUAGCUUCACCUGAAGAAAAUUUAACGUCUCCACCCAGACUCCAAAACCAAAUCUUAACUUUGGGGUAAUUUUGAAGAGAGUUGUGGGCAAGAAUUGUACUCAAAGUCACAUAAAUUUGGCAAACAAAGUCUACAUCAACAAAUUAGUUUAAAGGUUGCACACCA